AUGGACCCCCAGCUCGGCACCGCGAGCUGCCGAGGCUUGCACAAAAGCCGCGUUCAUUUCAUAAUUUCAACUACAAGCGGCCGAUCCUUUACGAUCACCUGCCUAAAAUACGGGAUCCCUUGUCAGGGUACCACCAACCACGUUGACGGUUGGUCAUCAACAGCCCGUACGAAGUACUCAUUUCUCUCCGAUCCCGACAAUGUGGACAGAGUGGGACGGGGCGAGAUAGUGUUGCAGUCCGACUGGCUGCUUGCGUAUGGAGCAAAGAGAAGAACAAGUCGAGAAGGACAGAAUAGGAGGGAACAAUUUCACUGGAACAGCCAACAUCCCCCAUCACUGCGUUUCGGCUGUCUUCUGACAGCGGAGCUUACCCACUGCCUGGAGUCCUGGACUCAGCCAGGCAAUGGAUACCCUCGUCCCGUACGAACCAUGAACACACUUUUAUUCUGCACGACAAUAGAAUUGUCAGAGACUUAG